AUGUCAAAGAAGACGAAGAAGAAACAAAAGCUGCAGGAGGUAGAUGAGGAUGUAUUGUUACGUACGGCAAUACAAGAGGCACAUAGUCAGCGAAUUGCUUCAGGAUCGUCGUUUCUUGGGUCCAACGAUGACCUCUUUAAGCCCAAUCUGAGACAAAUGGACGCAGAAGCUGAGAUUAGAGAGAAGUUGAGUCAGUCAAUGAUGAAGGCGAAGACGACUAAGGGACACAAUGCUAGUAUCAAACCAAUUUUCAAGAUAAAGAGGAAUUGGCCUCCGUUUAAGACAUUGGGUUGGUUGCUGACUCUGUUCUGACUAUUUUUUAGGUAUAUCUUUCAAAAUGGUAAAAGAAGACGGUGCGGUCAAGACAUUUCAGGCCGUCCAUUCUCCUGCUUACGCCAACUUAAAUUUGCUGUUUACAUCUUUCAGGCAAGUUCACGACUUGGAUUCAAUCACGGUAAGCGAUCUGAUUAAGUUAAACAACAUUUUCAGCAUGUGAUAUUGUCCGAGAACCCUUAUCAUUUGGAGAGUUUAUUCCUGUUGGCCCAUAG